UUUAAUUUUGACAGUUAUUUAAAUAGUUGUCACGUUUUUGUAAAAAAAUAUGAUCAAAACAUAAUAAUCGCAGAUUCUAAUAUAAAAUCAGUAGUUUGGAAAACAAAUUAAUCAAUCUGGACAUUUUGGCAGUCUUUGACCGAGAGGUAUGAAAUCUUUUAACCAGAAGGUUAUCGAAGUUCUUUACAAUUACAUAAUACUACGUACUAUAAGGAAAAAAGCUGUAGAAGAAGUUUGACAUGAAUGCUGAAGUUAAACUAAUCUUAUAUGCAUUUUACUUCAUUGACGCAAUAAAAUAAAAACAUUGUUGUAAACAGGGGCACGAAUUUUGAUACUGUCCCUAAGAAUGUCUCUAUUUAGAAGAAUUUUUUUGCGUAACCACGAUUUGCGUGCAUUUUUUAAUAAGCCUUUUUACUACAAAGAAACAAGAAUAUUGUGUAAUACGUCAGAUAUUCAAGAAACAAAUUCGGACAAUGCAAUGCGAAACCGUUUAAAAUGUCUUUUUCUCAUGACAGCCGGCUAUUUAACUUACAGAUUAUUUAAUAAAGAUAACGUGCUUCCAACAGCAUUAGCCGCUUCUGGUAUGAAAAAUCGCAAAAAGGAGCUCAAUUUUGUUGCUGAUGUAGUGGAAACUUCAGCACCUGCUGUGGUUUACAUUGAAAUCAAAGACACCAGAAGGGUUGAUUUCUUUUCUGGAAAACCUAUUACAAUAUCAAACGGGUCUGGUUUUAUAAUCAGGGAAGAUGGCCUUAUCUUGACCAAUGCACAUGUUGUUGCCAAUAAACCCCACUCCAAAGUUGAAGUGAAAUUACAUAACGGAGUUACUUACAAUGGAUAUGUGGAAGAUUUUGAUAUGAAAAGCGAUUUGGCCAUUGUUAGGAUUCCAGCAAGGAAUUUGCCAACAAUGAAAUUAGGAAAUUCCUCAGAAUUGAGGCCUGGAGAAUUUGUUGUGGCUAUAGGCAGUCCUCUAGCUUUAAGUAAUACAGUAACAUUUGGAGUAAUCAGUUCUACACACAGAGGCUCAGAUGAAUUGGGGUUGAGGGGCAAGGAUAUGGUGUACCUCCAAACUGAUGCUGCUAUUACUUUUGGGAAUUCAGGAGGACCUUUGGUUAAUUUGGAUGGAGACGCGAUUGGUAUAAACAGUAUGAAAGUAACAGCAGGAAUUUCAUUCGCUAUUCCAAGUGAUUAUGUAAAGGAAUUCUUAAAAGAAAGUCUCAAAAAGACUGGGAAGGCGAAGCACUCUAGGAGGUACAUGGGAAUUACAAUGCUCACAUUAACGCCCGAAAUUCUGAAUGAGUUGCAACAAAGAAAUCAGUUUGUUCCAGCUGAUGUUAAGAGUGGGGUUCUAGUCUGGAAAGUUAUAUUAGGAUCACCCGCUGACAAUGGAGGUUUGCAACCAGGAGAUAUUGUUACACACAUUGAUGGGAAAGUGAUUACUGGUGCUAAUGAUGUGUAUGGUGUUCUUGGCGAAACCAAAAAUAGAACUAUAUCUAUGACUGUUAGUCGGCGUGGGAAGAAACUGGAAAUAUAUGUAACACCUGAAAAUUUAGAUUAAUUUAAAUUGCUUCUAUAAAAUUAAGUUCUUAAUUGUUUAUGUAUCAAAACAACAUUUUUGUUAUUGAACAUAAAACAGUCGAUUGAUUUUG